AUGAAGAAGAAGACUCCAAAUUCCUCCUGCCGCUGGUCGGAGCUCCCGAUGGACAUGUUGAGACAAGUGUUGGAACGUUUGCAUUUUCUGGAUUUCCACCGCGCUAAGAUCGUUUGUUCGAGUUGGUAUUCGUGCUCGAAACAAUCGGUGCGGCCAAAAUGCGGAUCUCCGUUGCUGAUGCUGUCUCUAGAAGAGGGUGGUUGCGUGCUGUACAAUCCAGACGAAGAUAGGGUUUACGAGACCACGACGCGUGACUUUUCAGGCGAGGAGAGGAUCGGACUCCCUCCUCUGGAGUCACUCAAGGGUGAGCGUUUUAAGGUUGAGGUAGCAGGAGAUAAGAAAUUCAAUGUUAGUUUAAUCGAGGAUACUUCUAGGAUUGUUCAAGAUGUGGAAGAUCUGAGGGGUCUUUUGUGGGUAGACGACAAGAAUGGAGACUACGUUGUUGUGUGGCAAUUUGAAUGUGACGAGUUUGUAGGGUAUUGCAAGAAAGAGAUGGUCAUUACCGUGAGAUUAACACACGGGUCGGUCCUCGCUUGGAGUUACAAGGCCUACGUGAUAUGGUACUCAAAGGUUGCCAAGGUGGGAGCCAAAUCGGAGUAUGAAAGACUCAGAGCGAUUAAGGUCACCUCAAGGAGCGAUAGUAUUGUUGUGAAAACAUCAGGAGAGGUUUUGUAUGUCCAUAGCAGAUCUUACGAGACGUCGACCUUGGAAAGGCCUAGGACGUUCCGAGUGUUCAAGAGGGAUCCUAAACAGGUACACCCGAGUACCAACGACGACACGCUUGCUGAGGUAGAUUCUCUUGGUGAUGAAGCCCUGUUUCUUGAUUUGGGUAUCACCGUGAAAGUGGCUGCUGAUCACAUUGGUAUUGAGCCAAACUCCAUCUAUUUCACGCGUGGUGACCGUAUCCGUCACAAUAAUGUUUCAUGCCUCGACAUGUGUGUGUACAAUCUUGCAACAAAGAACAUCAACCGCUUCCAUGUCUCUCCAACUUGGAAGUCAAGGAUGCUCAGUGGUUACAAUGCUGAUGCUCCAAGCUAA